AUGUCUCGCUACGUACAACGCCCAGAAAAUGCUCUGAAAAGAGCGAAUGAAUUUAUCGAUGUCGGCAAGAAGGCUCGUGCCCUGGACACCCUCCAGGAGGUGUUUCGGGCGAAGAAAUGGAACUACAACUGGUCGGAGUCGGUCAUUGAACCGAUCAUGUUCAAGUAUCUGGACCUGUGCGUGGAGCUCAAGAAGUCGCACAUCGCGAAGGAGGGCCUGUUCCAGUACCGGAACAUGUUCCAGCUGGUGAACGUAGGUUCGCUAGAGAACGUCAUCCGAGGCUACCUGAAGAUGGCAGAGGAGCGUACGGAACAGGCCCAGCAGCAGUCGUCCCAGGCAAUCCUAGACAUCGACGAUCUGGACAAUCUGGCCACGCCAGAAUCGAUCCUAAUGAGCGCAGUGUGCGGUGAGGACGCGCAGGAUCGCUCCGACCGUACGAUUCUGCUCCCGUGGGUGAAAUUCUUGUGGGAGAGCUAUUGCCAGUGCUUGGAGCUGUUGAAAGUGAACUCGCACUGCGAAACGUUGUAUCAUGACAUCGCACGGAUGGCGUUCCAGUUUUGUCUGAAGUACAGUCGUAAAAUGGAAUUCCGCAAACUUUGCGAGAAACUGCGUAAACAUUUGGAGGACAUCUGCAAGGUUUCGUCCCAGACGGCUAAUGUCAGCAUCUCGAAACCCGAAACGCAGCAGCUGAAUCUAGAGACUCGUCUGCACCAGCUUGACUCGGCCAUUCAGAUGGAACUGUGGCUGGAAGCUUACAAAGCCAUCGAAGACAUUCACGGUUUGAUGGCACUUUCGAAGAAAACGCCGCUUCCGAAGACUAUGGCACAAUACUACACGAAGUUAUCGAUGGUCUUCUGGAAGGCAGGAAACCAGUUGUUCCAUGCAGCAGCUCUCCUGAAGUUAUUCCAGCUUUCGCGCGACAUGAAGAAGAAUGUAACGCCGGAAGAAAUUCAGCGAAUGACUACUCAUGUAUUGAUUGCCACCCUGGCCAUUCCGCUGCCAUCUGCUCAUCCCGAAUUCGAUAGGUUCAUCGAAACUGACAAAAGCCCCAUGGAGAAAGCGCAACGUUUGGCGUUCCUACUCGGUCUGCAGCAGUCCCCAUCGCGAGCGCUGCUGCUUAAGGAGCUGAUCCGCUUGAACGUUUUACAACUGGCGGCGCCCCAGUUCCGCAAUCUGUACCAGCUAUUGGAAGUAGAGUUCAACCCGCUGAAUCUGUGCGAACAAGUGCAGAAGAUCGUGGAUGACCUCGAGGCUGAUCCUAACUCGCUGUAUGGUCAGUACGCACAGGCCCUGAAGGACGUGACUUUGGUGCGACUCGUUCGUCAAAUUUCGCAAGUUUAUCAAACGAUUGAGUUCCCACGCUUAUUGGAGCUGGCGAAAUUUGCUGACUAUCACCAUCUGGAACGCAUUCUGGUUGACUGCGUGCGUCACAACGAUAUGCAGAUCACAAUUGAUCACCGUAACGGUUGCGUGCACUUUGGAACGGAUCUUUCGGAAAGCCAGCGCGAGGAUCAUCCUGAUGGACCGACGCUGCAGUCCAUGCCUUCCGAGCAGAUCCGUUCGCAACUGGUCAGCAUGUCGGUGGUGCUGCACCGUGCGAUCGCCACGAUCAACCCGAACCGUAAGAAGGCGGAGCGCGAUAGAUUGCGUACACAAAUGGUGCUGCAGUACGAGGAAAAUGCCGUAGAGGAGCAUCAGCGCAUUCUUCAGCGGCAAAAGAAGAUCGAAGAUCGCAAGGAGUAUAUCGAGCGAAUGAAUCAGGAACGCGAGGAGGAGGAGAUGCGCCAGCAAGAGGAACAAGCGCGAAUGCACAAGUUGGCUGAGCAGCGCCGUUUGGAAGCAGAAAACGAAGAGCGCGAGCGAAAGCGCCACGAGAACGAGCUGCAGAUGAUCAAGGAGCGCAACAUGAAGGAGAAGAUCGAGCAGAUCAAGCAAACGGCGACCGGUCAGAAGCUGCUGAAGAAGAUGGACGAGGAAGAAAUCCGAAAGCUUAACGCAGAGGAAAUAGCCGCUCGCGAAGCGGAAGAGCGACUUAAGGAGCGCAAGGCGCAUGACAACAACCUGAAGUCGCAGGACAGGAAGAUCGAUUACUUCGAGCGUGCCAAGCGGCUUGAGGAAAUUCCACUGAUUGAGAAGUACUUGCAAGAUCGAUCGGUUCAGGACAAGGAGUUCUGGGAGAAACAGGAAGCGGCUCGCAUCGAGGCGGCCAUUGCCGAACGCAAGAACGCCGAAGCUUGUCAGGAGCGGUUGAAGCGAAUGCUACCGGAUCGUGACGUUUACUGGCAGCAGUUGAAGAACGAACGAGGCAAUCAGUUCGCCGAAAAGCUGAAGCAAUUCAAUGUGGCGCUCGAAGAGGAGCGUAAGCGCCGGCUCGCCGACCGUGUCGUGAAGCGGCGCGAAGAGCGUCGUCUGAAGUGGCUGAAGGAAAAGGAGGAGGAGCGCAGACGUAUUGAGGAAGAGUUCCGCAAGCAAAAGGAAGAGGAAGAGCGCAUCGAGCGGGAACGACGUGCCGAGGAGCGACGCGUUGAGGAAGAGAAGAACCGAGCGAUUAUGGAGAAGCAGCGUGCAAUUGAGGAGGAAAUCGAGCGUCGCCUGGAAGAGGAACGCGAACAAUUGAAGGAAAAGGAUCGCCGCGAAAAGGACGCUAGACGCGAGCGUCGUGCUGGUGAAUUGAAAUCGGACGAUACUUGGCGCAAAGCCCCCGGUGCCGCGGGUGAUGAGCAAAAGAAGGAGUCCUUCCAGUCGUCCGGCAGAUACGGGCCACGUGAUCGCGAAGGAGGUCCGCGUGGAGGUCGUGACGGUGAGCCGGGCACCACCGACAAGUGGCGCCGUGGACCGGAGGAUGCGGAAAAGGAUGGUCCUCGUGAUGGUGUGCGGCGUACCGGAGAGAUUCGCCGUAACCAGGACGAUCGUGGUCAGAUGCGCAGAGGUCCUGGUGUGGAGGAGCGCGGAGAUCGCGAAGAUCGUGGCCCAAUUCGUCGCGGUGCCGCUCCUGAUGAUCGCGAUCGUCGCCGUCCUGAUGCGGGACCUCCACGACGUGGCGAUGAUCGUCAGGGUGGUGGUUUCAAUCGUGAUCGUCGCGAUGAUCGCGGUCCGCGUCCGACGGGAGGUGACAGCACUUGGCGUCGCGGUCCUGCCGAAAAUCGGGACGACAACCGACGUGCUCCGGCACCCCGCGAGGAAGGUGGUGCACCUCGACAGGACAACUGGCGUAAUGCACCACGUCAGGACGCUCCCAAAUCGAGAGAAGAGCGACCGCAGCGCCCUCAGGAAAAUGUCCCUCCACGUAGCGCUGGACCGGAUGAGGAUGGAUGGACGGACGUGAAGCACCGUUAAGACAUCUCCGAGCAGUUGGAUCAGUUCGGGCCUCCCUUAGUUUAGCGAUACAUAUUUAGAAAAGUAUAUUCAGCUUUUUCUGUUUUUUAAAACUAUCUAUCUAUAAUCAUUGGGCGGAAUGGGAGAUGUUUCUGCCACUUUACUGUAUCAUUUUUACCAGCUUAUGGUGGCAGCGUUAGUUCGUUGGCAGUUACGCUUUGAACUUAAUUGCAGCCCUUUACCCUAUCGCUAUGGUUGCUAUUUGGAGCUGAAGACAGCAUUAUUGCUUAAUCGGGGUCACAUUGAUGGCAGUACUUGUAGUGCAUUUUCCUUCACACAAGAAGCUGUUUUGACGGAUCGAACGGUUUGAGUAGCAACUAUCGUUAGGAAACU